AUGGUCACAUCUUGGAAUGAGGAACUUUUUGAGCUGCCUACCUGUGAAGUAUCCCAUGGGAGGAGCACACGGAAGCAGUUUCAGCUGAUUAAAUUAAACUAUUUGUCUCACAUAUUCUGUCUUGCAUUGACCGGACUAAUCUGUGCCUCAGUUUGCGGCGCUGCUCCAUUUAACCCCAGGAUAGUUGGCGGUGAGGAUGCGGCACCUGGACACUGGCCCUGGCAGGCCAGCCUGCAGAUAUUUGGCAGUCAUUUCUGCGGUGGCUCCCUGAUCAACGAACAGUGGGUGUUGACCGCUGCUCACUGCCUCCACGGAAUGCUCCCAUUUGGAGUUCGGGUGUCUCUUGGUCGUCAGACCCUGCGUGGUGAAAACCCGAAUGAGAUAUCCCGGACUGUCUCGAGAGUCAUUAUACACCCAGGCUAUGGGAGUGCUUACGACCACGACAUCGCUCUGCUCGGACUCUCCUCGCCAGUGGAGUUCACAGCCUACGUCAGACCUGUGUGCCUGGCCGCCAGUGGCAGCGUGUUCAGCAGCGGCACAGCCAGCUGGGUCACUGGCUGGGGCUCAGUCAGAGAGGGGGUGCCCUUACCAUCGCCCCAAACCCUUCAGGAAGUGGAGGUGCCUAUUAUUGGAAACCGACAGUGCAGCUGUUUGAACAGCCAUGACAGAAUCACAGACAACAUGAUCUGCGCUGGUCUUCUGAAAGGAGGAAAAGACUCGUGUCAGGGGGACUCUGGAGGACCAUUAGUGAGUAAACAGGGAUCCAUCUGGGUCCAGUCUGGAAUAGUUAGUUUUGGUUUUGGAUGUGCUCGUCCAAGUCUGCCAGGAGUCUACUCCAGAGUGUCCCGUUACCAGUCCUGGAUCGACUCCCACAUCGGCUCUGAUAAGCCAGGCUUUGUAAAGUUCAUUUCCAGUGGAGCAGAUCCUGAUAGCAGCUAUACCUGUCCAGGUCUUCCAUCUUUACAAACAACAAGUCCAAUAACAACAAAACCACAACAACUUCCUUCAAGAGCAGUCUGUGGCAGAGCGCAUAACACUGUGGAUGUGAAGAACAAGAGUACUGUCCCUCCUGGAGUGUGGCCCUGGAUAGUAAGCCUCCAAAAGAAUGGGGUCCAUAAAUGUGGAGGUACCUUUAUUUCUGACAACUUUGUACUGACAUCUGCCAAAUGUUUCUCUACACCUCUCUCAGAUCUCAGUGAAUGGUCUGUGUUUCCAAGUCCACAUCCUAUGAAUGGAAUGGGAAACUCUGGAAUAUCUUUAGGUGUUGAAGACAUUACGUUUAGUAACGUGAAUGGGCCCAUUGCCUUGUUGCACCUGGCUGAUCCAGGUGGCUACAGCAAACACAUCCCAGCUUGUCUGGACAUCUACAGUGAAAUAUCCUUUCCCAUUGGUAGUCAGUGUUGGGUCGCAAACUGGGAAAGUGACAACGAAGGCACAGCUAGCGUAUUUCUUCGGAGCUUUGAAACUCGGGUGACAAGAUGUGGAAAUGCUGGUGAUUUGGACAACAUUUGUACUUACCCAAUGGAAAUUCAAGAGAUCAUGCUAAAAGUGUUUUUUAAUGUGGUUUUGCUUGGGGAUAUUUUUGACGAUGAGAAUUGUUUUCAUCCACAGUUCGACCAAGGUGGACCUCUGCUGUGCAAAUCUGACUCCUUGUGGUUCCAAGCAGCUGUUGUAACAAUGAAUGAAAGCACCUUUGCUCCUGAAAAUGUUCAGGUCUUUGUGAGAAUGUCAAGGUAUCAGGCCUUUUUAAAGGACAGGGUUAGCAAUAUAGCGUUUCCUGAAAGAAUU